AUGGGCUGGUUUCCGCUCGCAGUCAACACUGACAAACCCACUUGGAGUUUCGAUAUCGUCGGCUUGCUCGCGGUGGUCGGAGGGUCCUCAAUCGAAAAACAUGCGCAGGCUAUCACAGCAUCGCCCUUUGGAGGCUUUCCCCGUCUGCUCCCCGCCCCUGAGACAAUGCUGGACACCGACCGACCAGCUCGACUGCCUGCCGUCAAGGAUGUGACUGUUUUGGGUGUUCAUUCCGGCAAUCAUUUUACCGAGCUCAACUUUUUCGCGGAAGUGAUCCAUCGCAUUGAUUCACUUGAACCCUUCGAGUUCCAGUCCUUCAAGAUCAGCCACAAGAAAGAAGCUAUUCAGCGAGAUAAUCUCCAGAAGGAAGCUGAGUCGAGAGCCGCAAUAGAUGUUGAAAAGGGGAGCGAGAAGGAUAGCAAGAAGCCAAAGAUCCCAUCCAAGGCCAGCAUUCCGCUGCAUAAAUUUUGCCCACUGAAUAUUGUGACGCUGGGCUCGAUCCUGAUCACAAUCGCGUUAUUUGUUUGGGCUGGCGUCAACCACGACGCCGUUGCUUUGAUCGGCCUGGCAACCAUGUCGCUAUCCACCAGCACUGCUUGUCUGUCCUCACAGUGGCGGCCGAGACUCACGAUCCGCACGUCGAACGCUUCUGUCAUCCCUUCAGGAGAUGUUAUUAUCCGCACGCGGUCAGGGGCAUUCGUGUUUGUCGAGUGUGACGAGAAUGUCUCGCGAGAGCUUUACGGUGGUACCGAGGUCUGCGACUAUGUCUUUAAGGGAGUGGUGUAUCAAAUUCUUCUCGGAACCAGUACGAUUCUUUUGAUGGCCUCAAUCAUUUUUUUCAGUAACAGCGGCUGGAAAAUGCAGAUCGCCGUCGGGCUCGCAUAUGUUAUCCUCAACAUCGCAUACUGGGCCAUGGCGCUUCUGACUGAACCGCAUCAUACCUGGAAUAUGAAGGAACGAUAUUAUAUCAAGAGGACCAACGAAAAAACGAUCAGAGGAAAUUUCACUGUCGUUAUGUGGGAUACAAUUCAGGCAACAAAAGAGAUCGACUGGAUCAAGAAGGCCAAAGUAGCGCCGGCAACGAAGAACUGGGACGGGUGGUUGCGAGACGCGAAGAAGAACUGUGAUAAUCCGCGUUGGGAUGCUGAGGGCAAGCGUAAUGAGUGGAUGGCGAGGAAGGACCUGUGA